AUGCCUGCAAAUCACUGGGAGAUGCGCCUGAGUGAGGGCUGCCCACAAAAACCCAAAUAUCUCCAUAACCCGGACAUGGUAAAUUCUAAGGAUGUCACAGGUAGUUCAGGGCCUGGAGAACUAGGAGAGCCUACCAAAAGCCGUGUGGGCAGGUUUGGUUACUAUGACCUGUUGGACUUAAUUGCAGGGGAGAGGGACCCCAGUGUGGUAGCCAUGAUGCAGGAGAGCCCCCGCCUGCCUCCCCUCCUUUCCCCCGCCUGGGCCCAGCCACCACUACCAAGUGUGGGCGGCAGCCGUCAGGGGGCGGGCAAGCGGGCGCGAGGGGCAGAGAUCCUCAACGGCCACCACGGAAGGCCGCCCCGCCCCAAUGGUGGCCACCCUCUACAACAAACCCCUCGGGAAGGCCAGCAGCAGGUUCCUCAAGCCCCCCAGGCUCCCCAGGCUCCCCAUACCCUGCCUCUGGCCCCACAGUCCCCCUCCCUGCCCCCUCACUCCCCCCACACACCCCUCAAAGAUGGGCCCAAGGCACAAGUCAACCCCAAGAGGCUUGGCAGCACGGCUCCUCCUGUCUCCACACCCCUGUCCCCAGCCUCGUCCGGGGCCCUACAGCCUAGCCGGGGCCGGGAGCGGUGGGGGGGCUGGCUGGGAAGCUCCCUGGGCUCUCAGCAGCGAGGGGGACAGGCAGACUCCUCCAAGCAAAACUGUGCCAACUCCACUCCUCUUCAAACUUCAGAGCUCAGGAGCUCCGGCUUUGACAUGACAAAACUUUACCCUGAGCUGUCAGCCAAGCUGGGCCUGACCAAGCAGGGGCCUGGCGAAGGGACGAGCAUCCACAAGAAUGGCAUCACCCUGCGGGAGAACCUGGCGCCAGGGCCCCUCAAGAAGCUGGAGACAGUGACUGACGACUCCAGGAUCAAGGUGGUGUCCACGGGUCAGAUCUUCAACAACACCAAGGGCCUGGUGACUGCCAAGCUGGGCAGUGGAGUGCCAAAUAGCAAGGCUGGAGGGACUGCCAAGGCCUCCUCCAGGUCGAGGAUUAAGUGUGGGGAGCGAGGACAGAGGAGAGGCAGCCACGGGCGGUCGGGAGUGCGGCCAGAAGUUGGGGGCAGCCACGGACAGUCCUCUGCACCUGUGAAGGGACCAAGCAUAGCCAGGAGUGCUGGCAGUCUUAAAAGUAACAGUAAUAGCAGCAGUGCUCCAAACAGCAGUAGUAUAUUGGAGGAACAGCUGAGAGGAGGGGGCAGCAGUCAGCGACACAUGGCGUCGCCUGGCUCUGGCCUCCACCACCACCACAACCACCACCACCACAAUCACAAUCAUCACCACCACCAUCACCACCACCACCACCACUCAAGGCUACCUCAACCAGCCACCACCAGGCCUGUUCCUCUCACUGCAUCAUCCUCCUCUUCCUCCUCGUCCAUCUCCUCCAAUGUGUCUUCAGGCAGGAGUCUAGUCACCUCCCCCUCCACCACAGCAACAACCACCACCCACCUGGCUGCCUUGUCCUCCCAGGAGCCUCGGGUGGUGACGCUACCCCCCCGUCAGCCUCCACAGUCCUUCCUCUCCAGUGCAGCUGCCGCCUCCCUCCCCCAGCCUCUCUUACGGGUCCAUGCUCUUCGGGAAAAACAUUACGCUUAUAAAUCCGAUCUCUUUCCCUUAGGCAUUGAGACGAGUGAGGAGAGUGAGAGCAGCGAUGCCGAGGAGCUGUGUGGGAGUCAGCAGGGCUGGCUAGACCCAACUGAUGGUGCCCACCUCACAUACCAAAGCUGGGAGCCGAGCUGGACUCACCCCAACAACCUGCCUCACUUGCCCCGCCUCUCCUCCAGCCCCACUGUCUGCCAGCGUUCUGUCACUCUGGCUCUCGCUCUCGCCUCCUGCAGGAGACAGGUGUCAGCAUCUCGGAUGAGGAGUGACAUGCGGUCGCGGGAGGUGGCCAGACUUGGGGUUCUCACACGGUUGCUGCUGGAGACGGCUCGCACCCACCCUCGCCUCACUGCUGCCGCCUGUUGCCUCUACCGCCCCUCCCAGGCACACCAGGAAUCUCCAAAAGUUAAAUCUAGGUUUAUGUCCUCGGUGCUGGUGCGUCGACCGUGUGUGUACAGGGACGGAGAGUGCCGGGAGCCGUCCCUGCCCGGCACUCGCCACUGCAUGCACCACAUCAUGUACAAUGUGGACCAGCAGUUGUUCACCCACUGCACUGCACGCCACCCGGACAACACACUCUGCCGGGUGCCUGUGUUCGAUGUGUCCCAUGAGCUUCCACUGUGUUACAAGCACAGCAAAACACAGGAAAAUGUAGCCAAAACUCCAACUGAUGAAACCUCAAAGCCCAAGAGAUCUCGCAAGAAGAACAAGAUGCCGAUCCUCUCCAGGUACGGCAAGCGAAGCAAGAAGCGGCGGAGAUCCUCCAACUCCUCGUCCUCUGUGAUCCCCUCGACCAGCGUGCGGCCGCCAAUGGCCAGCCAGUCGUCCCUGUCCUCACCCCAGCCCUCACCCACCACCCCACAGACCUCACCGCACUUCUCCACUGCCUCAUGCACAGAUUCUGUGGCUGAGGUGGAUGAGGAAAGUGAGUUAGAGGAGGAUAUGGAAGGAAUGGUGGAGGGUCUGGACGCUGCCUCUCGCCUCCUGGACCCACGAGACCUGCAGGAUGUUCUCAACCGCAUCCCUGACCAUGAAUUGACACAGCUCUUUGAUGCUCCAGAGGCCAAAACAAGCGACUUCUCUGAGGAGAAAGUCGAGAUUGAGGGGGAGCAGAGGGGCACUGGUCGAGGUGAGGACCAUCAUGACUCAGGGAGGUCUCCAGUGUCUGCCCACAGCCCCUCCCCUUGCCCUGCCACCCUCACCCCAGCACCCACCCCCACAGCUGCCUCGUCCUCCACCCCUCCGCUCAACGAGGAAGGCACAACACUCAGUCUGGAUGAGUCGACCUUCAAUGAGCUGGUGGCCGGCAACAUCCCCAUUGACUCCAUCAUCUCCUCCUCCUUUAACCAGCAGGAACUCAACACCAUCUCCCAGGCGCUCUCCAACAUCGUGCAGGAGAGCAACCUCAACCUCCCUGGCUUUGACCUUCCGACGUCCUCUGGUAGCUCCUUCACGCCGUCUGAGGCUGUUGGGGCUGGCCAGGGUGUGGGGGAUGUGAGUGACAGCUCCCUCAUGUCUCAGGGGAGUGAUGUGGGGGUGGGGCAGGCUGGUGUGGACUUGACUGACUCUAGCCACCUGGGAGGGGAGUGCAAAGUGAACCUUGGGGGUCAGCGGGCUGGAAGCUUGGUAGGGGCUGACGCUUCCACACUCUCUCCCCUCAAGUAGGCUCUGUAGAAUCUUGUCUGGGCUACAGUUUGCCUCCGGGGAAGAUUUGAGUGUUGGAAAUACAUACAUAUACUACGAGAUCAGGUUUCAUUCAAUUGAUUAACGUUUUACCAAUGUUAAGGCUUUUUUGUACAGAAACGGUUUAAAUUUCACAUGGCGAUUUUACUACUAGCAGUAUUUUUUCAACUUGGGUGUAAGUGUCAGUGCUACUGCUGCUGCCAAGAGUGAAGGGGCAAGAGUGGCAUUGGUCAGGACUGGUCUGUUGAGUUCACUAGUGUCUGAGUCCUGUGUUUCUGUCACGCCUGAAGAACCUCCAUUGCAGUCGUCCUCUCUGUCCAGGAGCUGUCAGUUGUGCGGAACUAUGUAGGAGGAUGUCUUUUAGGGAUGAGAUGUAAUUCAUUGCCAGAAGUUUACCACAAUCUUGCAUUUUUUGGUAUAGAUUUGUUGUUAUGAAUUCUGACGCUGUUAUUUAUUAUUACGAUUAACAGUAACCAGUUAUUGUUCUUGACUUGAUUCUUUCAUUCAUGUGGUAAUGAAACAGUUGAGUUAUCUUUCCUGUCAUGUGAGCUAAGCAAGGGGGUUUACACAUUGUCACAAACGAUCAAUUGAGUAGAUGGGGUUUGAUUUAACAGUAUUCAUGCUUCACUCAUAUGGGAAUCCUGUGUAGUUUUGAUGUUUCAUAGAGUUUUAGUUUCUUCUCGUCCACCUCAGCAAGCUAACAGACUUGCUCUUGCUGUUGAUUAACUUUCUAAAGGGUCAUUAUCCCCCCCCCUAAGGAUUUGGAUUUUGCUCUAACACUCCUUCUGCACCCCUGCAUUUGGUUACACAAGGACACACUCAUCCAGUUCACCGAUCACUGACAUGGCAAGCAGGUGAUGCAUGUUCUAAACCAGCAUGACUUCCUAAUUUCAACACUAGUAGGCGUUUGUAAUACCGUAUGGUCUAUUUUACUGGCAUACUUGGCUAGAGAGUAAGAGCGCAGCUGAUCAAGAGUUGGCGAUCUGUUGUUUGCAAGUCUGUUUUCCUUCCCUUUUCCUAUCUCUUCCUGUCUGGUGCACUAAAGAGAGCACAAAGGUAGUGUUUGGGAAGGGAAGUGUACUGUGCUAGUGUGACAUAUGCUGCGUGUCUGUCUGUGUGUGCGAGCAUGUGAUUAUGAUUAUCAAAGCCUUCAGCAUGUGUUCUUUUGAGUUAGAUUAUAACUGUCUAAGUUAUUCAGUAUUCUCUUGCUGGCAAUCACUUGUCAAAGUCUCUUAGACAUUAGUUGUUAUGAGAGAAUCUUGUGCAUUGGAGUUAUGAAUGUGUGAGUGGUGGGAGUGAAUGGCAUGAAUCUUUGGUGGCAGUGGUGGGUACAAAUGUGUGAGACGCCUCCUGUGAGAGGUUGUGCGUGUGUUUGUGUGGUGUCGUAAAAAAAGUAUGAGCAUUAAAGGAUUCCAGUGUCUUUUGGAGGAGAUAUUCAGCCGUAGUUCAUUUCAUUCAUAGCGCAUCACCCCAUCUUCAAUAUUGUUUCCAUUCACAUGAUUUAUUUUCCACUGUAUACUCUUACAUUAUUAUGCGUGUAUGCUUAGUUUGUAAUGGCCAGCAAAACCGAUCUUAUGAAAACUAGUCUGUUCUGUGAUUUUUUUCUAUGUAAACAUCACUAUCUGUGUUGGGUACAAAGAGAGUGGGGUGUGCUGGGAAUGUUUUGGUUUUCCAGCCAUCAUCAGCCUGUCAUUGUUUCGCCAUUCCUGUUAAUUAGAUGCACUGCGCAUUUGUGUGUGUGUGUGUGUAUGUGUGUAAGAGAGGAAAGAAGAGAGAGAGGAAGAGAGAGUGAGUGUGUGUUUUGUGUGUGUUUAGUUGAUGAGAGGAAUAACUUGUACUCUGUAGGAUAAAGGUGGAUAGGGUAACAUUUAUUUUUGUUACUGUACUAUAUACACUAGCAUUCUCGUCUGCUACUUUUAAUCUAUUAUUUAUUGAGCUGUUUUCUUCUGUGCGUGGAGGUAUUUAGUGCAUAUUUAAAGGAAAGGAUGUAAUUGUUUUCUCAUACUGGCAAUGAUAAAUGACAUAAAGACACAACAUGAGAUCUAAUCAAAGGAGAAUACGAGACCAGGUUAGCAAAAAAACAUUUCCAUCGUAAGAGGUUCAUUUCUUUAUUAUUAUUAUUAUUAUUAUUAUUAUUAUUAUUAUUAUUAUUAUUAUUAUUAUUAUUAUUAUUAUUAUUAUUAUUACUAUUAUUGUUUACCUUGCUUGUUGAUGUUACUAGGUGAAAUGCUUCUUGUUGCAGUUUAGACUUAACCUCACCUUCACCCUCUCUUAACCAUUCCUCAACCCUUGCAGUGUUGUGGCUUUGCUUGGUUGGUGUUUCUGGCCCCAUUGUAGCUUUUUGGAGGUUGGGAAAAUAACAAAACAUAGCUUUUUGCUUUUCCAAGGUCAUGCUACACUCCAUUCUUUCACCAGGGUCUUUCAUUUUUCUCUCCACCCCCCUUCAUUCCUCAGAAAUAAAAGGAAAUACAGUGUUGUCCUUCACAGUUGGUUUCUUCCUACUUGCUGGUUGCUGCCACAACACAGUGCAGCGGAGGGUGGCUGCUGAUGCUGGCUGCUGUCCCCACCACUGUGUUGUGGAACCAUUGAAUCUUAUUGGUGCUAAACACAGUCUGGCUUCUUGUUCUUACCAGUGAAAUUGCAUGAGCUGUUGUUGCAAGUAUCUUGGCAGUUGAUGCCUUAAGAGUGCAUGGAUGUUUCAUGGUUUUGUAGAGUUGCAGGUCUUCUGUACAACACAGUGCUCAAGCUGGAACCGAGAGGAUUUUAGCUUCACAUCAUUGAGAAAUAACAGUGUUCAGAGCUUGAUGCCAGCCUUGAAAUUCUAGUUUCGGUAGAACCUCGCUAAGUAUGUAGAAGGGAAGGGGUGAUGGAAUCCGUGAAAAUCAUAUUGUACUUCUUUGUCAUUAAUGAAAAUAUGUUAAUUACAGCAAAAAUUUUAGCUCAUUGAAAUAUAGAAAAAUUAAACACAAAGUAAGUUUAUAUUCAUGAUCAGAAAAUUUAGAGAUUUGCACAGACUGGACUCCUUACCCUGAAUACACCAGGGAAUGUAGCUCUUGACGAUAUUGAUAUAUAUGUAUAUGGAAUUGUCUUCAGUUGAUUCAUUAUUAAUAUUAGAGGUAAAUGGCAAUUAAGGUAGGUUUUGUGGAGAGUAAGACUUAGUGGAAUUUCUUGGCAGCCAUCAGGUAAUUCAGAUUUGUGUCUUGGAAUGCUAAGGUGGGGAAUCUGUUAUUGCAUAAUUCCCAUACACUUUGAAUCUGAUGUUGAAAAUGUAAUUGUACAUGUAUUUUAUCUUCAUUUUCAUAUGGUAGUGAAGUGUGGGAUACGUAGAGGUGGCAAGGAGACUGCUGCCUCACUUGGCAAUCGCAUGAUAGAAGGAACAUGAGGCAGAAUGCUGAAAACAAGCCAUGUCUGCUUCAACCCUCAGUCUGUGUCACAGACUUAGGAAUUAAAACAAACAAGAGAAAAACAAACAAAUAUAAAAUCACCCAAGUGUCCCUGAUUCUGCAGAAAUAUAUCUGACUUGAUAGAUUUUAUUCUGUGGAUGAAAUAUUUUGGUUUGAACAAAAGUUACGUUGGGUGUUGCGUCACGCUGAUGGUCGGGCGUGCUGAGGUUCACACCGGUGCCUCAAUUUCAUGAAUCAUCCUCAUGGCUAUUCAUAAAUUUUCUUGUACUACUUCCUUAAAAAAAAUUGUGGUCUACAUACAUACACUCAGUAAUUCUGUCUGUAAGAAAUGAGCUUCUAGUUUAUUAUUAUUGCAUUUUUCUGUCAGUAGUAAAAUGGUUUUAUACAAUUAAUAGUAGUGAGAAAAGGAAAGGAGCAUAAGUGUCGUGUAUAAUUUCAUAGUUUGUCCCCAGCAUGUAACCUAUAAUGAGAUGACGUGGUGGUGGUCUAUCAGUGUAGUGCAGUGCAGCCUCUUGGCCAGGUGCGGGGGUUGUGCUGGAGAGUCGUAGUUCAAGUAAACCUUUAAGGGCAUUGCAUACGACAGUCUUGGGGUUAGUCUGUUACUGUAAGAGGCGUAGUGGCUCGGUACGGACAAUGGCCUGGGAUUGCAGUUUCUUUUAUGAGGAGGUUUAAUCAUUUGCAGCAUUUCAUUAUAGUCUGGUUUAUUGCAAGGAGGCUAAAUGACUGAUGUGCUGCAAUGGUGUACAGUACUGAAAGCAGGUCCAUCAUCAGGGAGUGUGAUUGACUAGUGUUGUGUGCAGGAGGAACAAAAACAUGGGCAUUAGGGUAUGUCAGUCGUGGCAGUUUGGGUAGAAGAUAGCUCAUCCAUUAACCUAAUAUUGCACACUCCGGUAUAUAUAUUUUUCAAACUCCUGAUUAGCGUAGUCACUGUUUAUCAUUAACCCGUUUGUUGUAUUCCUUUCCGUCAAUGCAAGCACUCAGUUCUUCCUUCCUCAACCCAAUGUACGUAUGCAUUAUGUUCACCUCAGCCUUAGUGUGUACAUCCCGAUAAAUGUUCGUACGGUGUGCUUCCCGGCUAGGGACUUGACCUGUGUUGAAAUUUCCAGCAUUCACUUAGUUAAAAAUGUCAUUCACUCACCCUAGAAACUGGACAAUUCCACAAAAUGACGGCUGAAAUAUGUACUUACCUUUCAGUUCUUAUUGUAUUGAAUGGACGUGUCUCCCUCCUUCCCUCCCUGUCUCCCUUGUUACUCCUAUUGGCCUGUAUUAUACUUGCACUGUUCACACCACCACCAUAGUCAGGGAUGGUGAGCUAAGGUCAUGCAGAUAUUGGUAUAUGAUCUAUUCUUGCACCAUUCACAUCAUCAUAGUGAAAGCCAGCGGAUCAGGGUGAUGUACGCAAACAAGCCAUGUGGAGGGGUGGAACCGUAAGCCAGGAGUUCAUCGUGGCUAUAGUUGUAGGUCUCCCUUGGUGUUCUCUGUUAUCUUGGAGGUGUGUGUGUUUGUCAUCAGUAAGUGAAGGAAGUGUAGCAUACAUUUACGGUUGCUGUGUUUGCACAGGUUGGUUGGGUGUCGAGUGCUGAGGUAUCUUGACUCUCUCUUGUAUUCAAGUGUUGGUGGAAGGGUUGGCCAUUGCCCAUGGUGUGGUACAAAGAAGGAACAGGAGAGAGAGAGAGAGAGAGAGAGAGAGAAUGCUAGUUUGAAGCUGGCUUAGUAUUUCUGUAGUAUUAAAUAUUCUCUUUCAGUUGUAAAUGGCCAGAUUAGAGAGCAAAAAGAAAAAAAAAAAAGGUUAUAUCCAUUGGGUUAGUGGAGAUGUGUGGAGGCAACCCUUCUAUAUAUAUACAUAUAUAAAUAUACAUACUAUAUAUCCAUGAACAUUACAUAUACCACGUGACCUGACAUCCACUUCGUAUAUAGUUUUUUUGGUAUUAUUUUGAUAUGUCAGUAAUGAAUGAAGAAGCAAUUGUAUUUAUAUCUAGCGUUGGGGCCGGGAGACUAGUGUACUAGUGUCUGGCGCGGCGGCCUGGCGGGCUGCCCUCGGGUUCAUCACAAGCACGAGAGUCUGUUCGUACCGUACGUCGCUCCGUGAACUUCUCUCCCUUGACUCUUGAGGUUAAUAUAUCUUGGGUUCUGUAAGCUUUAUUACCUGUACCACUAUUGUUAUUUUUUAUUAUUAUUCAUCAUUAUGUGAUGCCAGUAUUUUGUUAGUAAUGGUAUUCCUUGAUAUUGUGGAGCGCUAGCAGUGUGGGGGCGGCUUCCUGCCCCUCUCAGUGGGGGAUUUUAAAAUGCAUAAAAAAACUAGGAAGAUUAACUGUCAAAUUAUGUGAGUUUUGAAGUAGUAAAAUUAUUUUUUGUAA